CAGCCGCCGCCGCCGCUGCUGCCGCCGCCUCAGCGCUGCUCGGUGCCGGUCCCGCACGGCCGCCCCCGGCCUCACCGCCCGCGGUAGCGGCUCCCCUCAGCUGCCGGGCCGCUCUCCCGGCCUCGUACGUUAAUCUGGACUUUGCACAGGAGGGAAAAGCCUGACAUUCCUGAAAAUGGCAGCUGAGACAUCCACAGAAGUUCCAAAAACUGCUAGACAAUUCGUCCUUAAAGAAGAGGUAAUUGUAGAAAGAAAAUGGUUGAAGCUUGAAGAAACAACUUACACUGAUCCCUUUGGUAAAACCAGAACUUGGGAAAGUAUAAAGCGUACUGGCAACAAAAACGGUGUUUCAGCUGAUGGUGUAGCAGUGAUAGCGGUACUAGAGAGAACUCUCCACUACGACUGCGUUGUCCUAGUGAAACAGUUCAGGCCCCCAAUUAACGGCUACUGCUUGGAAUUUCCUGCAGGCCUCAUUGAGGAAAAUGAGACUGCAGAAAGCGCUGCAUUGCGAGAGUUGGAGGAAGAAACUGGGUACAAGGGGGAAGUCGUUGAAUGUACUCCAGCUCUCUGCUUGGACCCAGGUUUGUCAAACAGCACGACGCACAUUGUGAGCGUCACCAUUAACGGAGAUGAGGCUGAGAAUACAAGACCUAAGCAAAAGCUCGGUGAGGGAGAAUUUGUGGAAGUUAUUUCACUUCCAAAGAAUGACCUACUGCAAAGAAUUGAUGAACUCAUAGCAGAAGAACAUAUUGCAGUGGAUGCCAGGGUUUAUACUUACGCACUGGCCCUGAAGCGUGCAGCAGAAAAACCGCUCCAAGUUCCUUUUAUGAAGUUCUAAAACUAGACGAUGAGAAAUUUAGUGGAAAACUGCCCAAUUCAGAUGGCUUAGAAGUAUAACUCUUCUUGUACUAAAGGUCCUUUGCUUUACUUGUAGAGCAAACAAAAGUAUUUGUAGGAAUGAUUCUGAUAUUUUUAUCUGGAAUUAUGUAACUGACAAAAAGCAUUUCUUCUACCUGCUCAGUCUAUCAAGCCUUGACAGAAUAAUCGUAAUAAAAAUGCUGUUUAAUUUUCAGAA